AUGGAUGAUAGAGUAUGUGGCCUACUUACCGAAGUUGAUAAUCUUUUUACCAAGGGAGCUGUCAAUGAAAGAAAAUUUAAUAAAUUAACGCAAUACCAUUCUUAUUGCCCUUAUGAAAAUAAUUCAAACAAACCUAAAUGCACAACUAAUAAUGAUAGAAUUAGUGCUUUGAGUGCAUAUUUGCAUGACAAAAUUAGUGAAAUUGAUAAAGCUUUUAAAAAUGGAGCAAAUAGCGACAAACGGCAUAUUAAGAUUUUUAUUAUAUGGCUAGGCGAUAAAUUAUUUAAGAUGGAAAACGAUUAUAAAUCAACUCUGGAAGAAUCUUAUAGAAAGAAUUUAGAAAAAUCUAUGGGAAGUGUUAAUUAUUGGAAAGUUGUAGAUAGUAGAAAACUUUAUAAGAAGGCUACUAUUAAGAAAAUGAACGAAUUUUAUAACUUACUUAAUUAUAUAUGUAAACUAAUUAUUGAAUAUAACAAAAAUCUCCAAAAGCCUAAUAAAUCUCGUCUUGUAAAUUAUUACACACAAUGUGAUAACUAUUAUAAAACUAUUCAUAAUUCUAUUAACGGAUGUAAACCAUAUCUACAAUUAUUGGAUGAUUUAAAAAUGAUAUAUGAAGUUUUUAGAUUGCAAAAAAUUGAUAUUUAUAGUAAGCUUAGUAGUAAAGAUAAAGAUUCAUUACUUAAACGUAUUAAACAUCUUACAACGUUUAAAAACGAAAAUAAAUAUUUUGUGACCGUUAAUGAAAGAUAUAGCUUUGAUGAUAAAGAGUGUUUAGAAUCGAAAUCAAAGGAUGAACAAAUUGGAGAAAAAAUUGCAUCACAAAAAUCUAAAAACCCCAUCGGAGGACCCCAAACACGAGUUUCCGGGAGUACACAACAUAGAAAUACAGGAUAUAGAAACCCAGCGUCAUUACAGCCCAAACGACCACCUGUACAAUCAACUUUAAAAUCACCAUCUGAACAAUCAAAAUUUACAAAGCCAAUAGCUGUAAAACCAGCACCACCGCCACAAUCAUUACCUUCAACACCUUCAGAAACGGAUACUAAAUUAAAAGCGCGGGAAGCAGGGAAAACCCAUCAAAAUGGUCCAGGAAAUACCGUUAAUGGAGUAGAUGGGGGAAAAGGAGAUGCAGGUAGUGGAUCUAAUGGAGGACAUAGUGUGCAAGGUGAUAAAAGAAGUAAAAGUGAUGCAUCCGAUGGUGGAUUGGGAAGUUCAAGCAAAACACAAACAGGCUCAGAUAUAGGAACAGGAAGUCCAGGGGGUGAACCUGGUGGUACAGCUGGUGGAAAAGAAGGUAAGUCUGGUGAAAAAGGAGAUACAUCUGGCGGAUUAGGCGAUGGAUCUGGAGGCACGGGUACUGAAAAAAAAGAUAUAAAUAGUGGAUUAGGUAGCCAUGAAGAUUCAAGCACCCAAGUAGGCAAAGAUGGUGGGCAAAAAAGUUCAAAUAGUGAUACAAGAGAUCCAGUUAAUGUUCCAGGUAGUGGAGUUCAUGGAUCUGAAGGUGGAGGUGUUAGAUUAGCUGAUCAAUUAGUUAAAGAUACUCAACAAGGUAUAGGCGAUGGAAAAAGUGAACAAGGAAGCAAAAGUAGUGGAGCAACCGAUGGCCAAGGUAGUCAAAGAAUUACAAGUAGUGGAUCAGGAGGUGCAAAUGGUUCUAAAAUUGGACAAAAGAUUCCCGACAGUGGCAAAGGAAAUAAAGAUGGUGGAGCAAAUGGUGGAGCAGGAACUUCAGGUAGUGGAGCUAAUAGAGGAGGUAGUACCAAAAGUGACCAAGGAAAUCCAAGCGUUGGAUCAAAUGAUCAAGGAAAUCCAAGUGAUGGAUCAACUGAUCAAGGAGAUAAAAGUGGUGGACCACGUGAUCCCGCAUCAAGUACAUCAGGAGGAUCCUUUGGUUUGGGACCGUCAUUUCUUGAAUACAUAUUAAAAGGAACGAACAAACUUAAUAAAGCUUCCGAAUUUAUUCAAAAAAAUCAGCAAAAUGUUAAAGAAGUUACGGAUAAAAUCAGCAAUGUAUAUAAAAACACUAUGGAUAAUUUAAAAAGUGCUUACGAUAAAUCUAGUAGUUAUUUAAGCGAAUUUAUUAAUAAUGUAACUAGCCAAUUGAAUCAAGCUGACCCUCCUAAAUCGGGUGGCAACCAUUCUGGACCAGGCAGUCCAACAGAUGGAGGAAAUUCAUCUAAUCAGUUACAAUCGCCUCAACCACCAACACCAAAAGAUCCAAUACCAACUACACCGCCAACUACAUCAAUAGAUCCAGCAUCCCCAAAACAACCAUCUCCCCAAACACAAUCCAUCACACCGCAAACCCCACAAGUCAAUCACCCUAAUCACAAAGCAAUUGGUCAAUUGGUAAAAUCAUUAAGUUCUGAUAUAAUUUUGAAAAAUCCGUGGAAUAUAUUUCCAACUACAUGGAAUGGAUCAGGGGAUUGUAAACCUGAAAUAAAAUUUAUGAGUGCCACAUUAGUGUGUUGUACAUCUGAACAGUGUAAUUUAACUGGAAUUUCAGUUACACUUGUUUUAAUACCCAUUAUUUUAUUAAUUGUAUAUAAGUAUUUAUCAUUUGGAUUAUCAAAAAAAUCAGAAAAAAAAAACAUGAAGAAAGUUAUAAAUUUGCAUGAUGGAAAUAGAAAGACAAAAAUAAUUAUAAGUUCAUAUGAUAAUAAAAAAGACCUAAAGCCGGUUAUAAAUUCAGUUGGUGAAAAAAAAUAUUCAUUAUUAAAUAUAUACAAGCUUAUGCAGGCUGAUCCUAUACCAUUUAUUAAUUUAUUUUUUUUGUUGAUUUUUUUUGUCUAUAAAAGAAAAAGAGACACCAUAGAAUGA